GGGAGACCAGAUAUACUGAAUGCAGGGUUCGGGGAGACCAGAUAUAGUGAAUGCAGGGUCUGGGGAGAACAGAUAUAGUGAAUGCAGGGGCCGGGGAGACCAGAUAUAGUGAAUGCAGGGCCCGGGGAGAACAGAUAUAGUGAAUGCAGGGUCCGGGGAGACCGGAUAUAGUGAAUGAAGGGUCCGGGGAGAGCGGAUAUAGUGAAUGCAGGGGUCUGGAGAGAGCGGAUAUAGUGAAUGCAGGGUCCGGGGAGACCGGAUAUAGUGAAUGCAGGGUCCGGGGAGACCAGAUAUAGUGAAUGCAGGGUCCGGGGAGACCAAAUAUAGUGAAUGCAGGGUCCGGGGAGACCGGAUAUAGUGAAUGCAGGGUCCGGGGAGA